CUAAUAAUGUUUAGCCGGCAAUGCCUUGACUUAGUCAGUCGUUGAAGAAAGCUAGAGCAAUUCGGUUCGUUUGAAGAGUCGGCAGCAGCACCGACAUUAGUUUGACUAAACAGAAGUGAAGCAAAGUCAAUCAUAAAUAAACUGAAAAUAUACAUUUUGCCGGUCUAUUAACGAGCCUCGCUGCGAUGUCGAAAUCAACACCCAGCCACUUGUUGUUCCUGCUUGGCCUCUGUUGCACUUUAGUGCAGGCCAGUUAUCCACUCAAAAUACUUGGCUUAUUUCCACAUCCCGGCAUUAGUCAUUUUCACUUCUUCCAUCCGAUUAUGCGCGGUCUAGCCGAAAAGGGACAUGAUGUUACGGUGAUAAGUCACUUUCCGGAUAAGAGUCCACCAGCGCGUUACAAGGAUUUGCCGCUAACAAAUCUUGAAACUUUGUCGGAUAGUGUCGAUUUGAAGUUCUUCGAAAACCGACGAUUCUACAAUCAUUUUGUGGAAUUCUUUUUACUCUACGAAUGGGGCAGGAGCGCCUGCAAUACCACCUUACGUUCCGAUGCUUUAGCACAGGUGUUGCGUCAGCGUCAACGUUUCGAUGUGGUCAUUAUGGAACAAUUCACCAGCGAUUGUAUGGCAGCGGUGGCACAUCAACUGAAAGCGCCUUUCAUAGGGUUGAGUAGUUGUGCGCUGAUGCCUUGGCAUUACGGACGCAUGGGUAUGCCCAUGAUACCAUCACAUAUGCCGGCACUCUUUAUGGGUCAGGCCGAAUCGAUGACUUUCAGCGCACGUCUCGCAAAUUGGUUCACUUUUCACGCGAUGCGCCUGCUUUAUGAUUUUUACACCACGCCCAGUACCGAUGCCUUGGUACAAUACAAAUUCGGUCAUGAUAUACCUUCGGUUGGUGAAUUGGCCAAGGAGACUUCAUUAAUGUUUGUGAAUCAGCAUUUCUCAUUGACUGGCGUUAAACCACUGCCACCAUCUGUCAUCGAACUGGGCGGCGUACAUAUACAAAAAGCCAAACCCUUGGAUCCAGAGCUUCAAAAGUUUAUCGAUAAUGCCGACCAUGGUGUGGUCUUAAUUAGUUGGGGUUCUAUGGUGCGUGCCAACACCUUGCCACCAGCCAAACGUGACGCUAUAUUGCGCGCUAUAAAGCGACUCAAGCAACGUGUGAUUUGGAAGUGGGAGAAUGGCACACUGGAACACAAACCGGAUAAUUUAUACGUGAGCAAAUGGCUGCCGCAGCGUGAUAUACUCUGUCAUCCCAAUGUGAAGGUAUUCAUGGCGCAUGGCGGUUUAAUGGGCACCUCGGAGGCGGCCUACUGUGGUGUGCCUAUGGUGGCUACGCCUUUUUAUGGCGAUCAAUUUGUGAAUUCAGCCGCGGUCAAAUAUCGUCGCAUGGGUGUUGUGCUGCACUAUGAGGAUAUCACGGAGAAUUCAGUGUUGCGCUCAAUUAGAGAGGUCUUGAAGAAGGAAUACAUGGACAAUGCCAAAGCGGUCUCAUUCUCUUACAGACAUCGGCCACAAAGCGCACUCGAAACCGCCAUCUGGUGGGUGGAGUAUGUCGCAAAGACAGAAGGCGCACCACUAACUAAAGGCCAUGCGGUCUCCUUAUCAGGUUUCGUCUACUACUCACUAGAUAUUUAUCUCUUUCUCGCUUUUGUCGCCGUCAUUUCGGUGCUGAGUUGGAGAUUCGUUUGGAACAGAAUUUGUGCGCGUCGCCCUAAGGCACCAGUUAAGCAAAAGACUAACUAAAAAGAAAGUGAUAUUGUGAUAUACAUAUAUUACCGAAGUAGUAUGAUUCAUUACGAAGAGGAAACAAAAAAAAAA